GAAAGGUUUAUUUGACAAAUUAUAAGUGUACAUAUUUGGACAGACUGGCAGGGUGUAAACAUUGGAAUAAAUUCAGUUUCUACAUUUCUGUGUGUUUUCUGAUUAUGCCAACAAUAUUUGGAUAACGAACCAAAGGAGGCCGUGAUUUUGAUGUAUGAUGCAAUUAAAGAGAAAAUUAGUCUAGUUUCCAAAUAUUUAACAGAGGUAACAAGGUGCAAGUGAUGAUGAAUGUUCUUAAUUCCCCUGACUGUUGACUGCUCCACGUUAGCUCUGGUCCAUUCUGCUGAUGAUGGAUGUCCGGCACACAUCAUGACAGACCACACUCCUCUAUUUAAAUGAAGCGCUUAAGUGACAUACAGCCUACAAUGACUCAUAUUAUAGGUGUUGAUGAGAUUGGGCAAUGUCGGUCUGGACCUCACAAUGAUAUAGACCUUCAGGCAGUGUAUGGGGGUCGUAUCUUGGGUCGAAGUCCCCUUAUGGGCAAGGUAAACCCUGUGUACAAUGAUACAGGGGGCCAGGUGGUGGACGUUAACAGGAACACAGCACUGCAUGUGUUCACAUAUGAGACAUUCCCCAGAACCAAAGAAAGAGAAAUGACUGACAUCCGGAAUGGAUCCCCCAGAAAUGGGGAGAGCCAUAGUCCCAAAAUGAAUGGUUUUGGGAAAAAUGGCCAUAUCACAAAUGGAAAUACAGACUUAAUGACAUAUUCAGAUCAUAACAGUACUUUAACAGAUGUGAACAGAAAUAAGCUUACCUUCACCAGAAGCCUAAACAUAUACUCUGAUACUGGGCAAGACAGCAGCAUGGAGGGAGAUACGAGACAUUUACCAGGAGACAACCACGAUCAUAUUAAAGGAAGUUUCCAGCUGCUUGAACCUGUUGGGAAGAUCAACCAAACUACAGAACUGAAAAAUGCUCAUAAUGAACAGUUUCUUGGAGAUACAAUAUCAGAAAGCUGUAAAACAUCUCAAAACACCUGUGAAAUCCUUGGGCCUACCAACAUUAAAGUUGAAAUUGAACCUUACAAUGAUUCAGAUUAUUCAAAGAUAGACAUUCGGAACAAAUCCAAAUUAAGUGGUUCUUUAAAGCUUUUAGGGUACAACAAUGCAGGAUUUGAAAAUGAGGAGCCUAGUCAAACAAAUGUGUGUAAGGCUUCAUUUGAAAACAGGGAAAAUUGCAAAAGAGAUGAUGUUCCGAGAGAAUUUUCGAAUGGGAAUUCACAUAUUAUCAAUAAAUCUGGUCUAGUAAUCAUCACAAAUGAUAAUCCUAUAGUGUCCGAUGAUGAUGGUGAAGAGAAGGAGCCAGUUGAGAUUGUAACAGAGGUAAUAGUCCACAGUGUUCCAGAACACUCUGUCGGGCUGCGGAGGAAAGCACCUAAGUACUCGGAUGUGGACCGGGUUUGUCACAGCAUCGACACUGACGUCAACGACUGGCCAGACCUCGGCAGUCUGGUGCGGGGUGGUGAGAUCAAGGAAGAUGUGGGGACUGAUUUUGGUCGUACUGCCAGGAACUGGGAUGGGGACCUUGAUACUGGCUGUACUGAUAUAGGUGUGCGUGAGGUCCAUGGUAGGGCCUCUUCAAUGCCUGAUAACGAGCACUUUACUGGAGACUCUGGGUAUGAGACUAUAGCUUACGUCCAUGAAACAGAUAAUGAUUUAGAUGAUCAAAUUAUUGAUGAAACUAGAGAAAAGGAAUCAAAGUAUAAAAAGAACACAAAGAGUAAAAGUGCCAAAGUCUCAUCAAAAGGGUCCUCUGCCAAUGAUGGCUCAACUAGGACUCUGAAAUCCAUUUUAUCCAACAGUAUGAGUGCGUCACAGUGUUCCUGCUCUCAGCAUAGUGAUUCAAGGCAUUCAGACUCGGACUCCGAAAUCCAGGAAAUGAAAUCUGUGAAGUUUUCUCAAGAUACUGUAUUCAAUGAAAACAAAAAUAGUAAAUAUAAGCAGGAAAGGAUUGCUAGGAUUAACCUACGGGAGAUAUAUCAUGGUAAGAUUGUCAGUGAGACAGCCAUGGCCAAAAUGAACCCACUGUUUACAGAUGAGGAAGGGAAGACAGGCAGCAUCACAGAUGAUGAGAAGCUCGCUUACAAAACUGCGCUUAAACAGGCCAUGGCCCUUUCCAAGGCAAAGGGAGAAGGAUUAAACCAGCCCUCUUACAUGGAACAGUACCUUAUUCUCAAGGCUCAUGGUCUCAAGGCGGGAGAUGACGACAUAGAGCAGCUGCCAGAGUGGAUGGAGAAGCCAGCCUAUGACCGCCUGAUCCAGCGGACACUUGCCAAGGAGCGGAGGAAGUGUGUAGUCAAGUGGACACUCGUGCUGGUUACAGUGUUCAUCAUCACUGCCGUCGCAACAGUGCUGGGCAUCCACUUUCAGGAGGGCUUCUCCUGAGCUCAUCAAAUGGCUCGCCUGUGGGCAGGGUUUUAAAACUGGGUGUGAAACACCGCAUUAGUUAUCACUUAUUACAUUGUUUAUUUUGAAGCAAAAUCACCAUUUCAGCAUUCACAUUUAACACUAGUAGACAAGAGUGCACAUUUUUCAUGUGAAGGAUCACAAGGAGAAACAGUGUUUAAAUGUGUCAGUGUUAAGGCAUGAAUGUUCUAUGCUUUUUCAAAAUUAUGUGAUGGCAGGUCUGCCAGGAUAAACUAGUCGGCAGAGCAAACAUUUCCACUUGUAAUGAUCAUUUAUCAAGGUUUUCCAUUGGAAAAUGCCACCAUAGGCUAAUAUUUACUUAAAAAAAAAAAUUCCUAUAAAUGGUCAACUGAUUACCUAAUUAAUUAGUGACUGGUCACUUCACCUUGAAGUUAAGUUUUUAACAUUGUGGUCAGAAUGAUAAAUAAAUUAAUUUGCCCUUGUGAGUUUGUGUUAUAAUUCAAAAAUUGUUUCUUAUCAUUUAUUUCAAUACUUCUUUUGAAGAUUGAUGUUUGAAGUAUUGUAUGCAAUCAGUGUUUAUAAACUUAAGUUUAACUUUUAACUUCCUCCUAUAUUUUUUUUCAAAAUGUACAUGUGUGAAUGUUUUCUUUUUAUUUAUUUGAUUUGCAUAUUGAGCAAUGUUAUCAACAAUCUCUUGAUUAUAAAAAUAGGACAUAUUUUGUGAAACAGUUUAAAAAUGCAAAUGUUUUCUUUGGCCAUUAAACAUUCAGUUAGAAAUAUAUAUCCUUAUAAAUGGUAAUUUGGUAAAUGGUUUAGAUAGAAUGAGUACGGUAGUAUAUUUUCAAGUUUUAAUAAUAAUGACAAUCUGACAUUUACUAGGCUGUCUCAAUGAUUUAAUGAUUCAUUUUUUUCAUUUAUUUAUAUACAGUAAGUAUGUUAUAGAUUAACAUAAUAUCUAUUACUGUUAACACAUAUAUAUAAUUAUGACAAUUUUUCUUACUAUAAAAAAAUGUACAAUGGUGUAUUUAAGAUGUUGUCAGCAGCCAUAAAAGGAACAAUUGUUUGAGAUUUGUACAAAAACAACAUUCUAUUUGGUUUUCAUAAAAAUCCGGUGUAAUCUUGCUUUGUCAAAUACUGUAUUUUUAGCAAUGCCAGAAAAAUAAUGCUAGGAGUGACUAAGGUGUGUAUUACGUCACACAACCACUGGUUGUACAGAAUAAAUGUUUAUUUCAACACCUGGAAACACAUUAUUAACAUGCUGCUGAUUAUAGCAACAAUUCAUGAUGACGUCCUUAUGAUCAUGAUCAUUAUCAGUCAACUUGAUAAAACUAUGAAUAAUAUCAUGUCAACUGUUGUUAAUAGUUCAUAUGUUUGUGGACAUUUAUGAUUUCAUAACUGUUUUUCGGACCUGAAUUAUUUUAUAAUUGUUUUAAAGAACCAAAUUACUGUUUGAUUACAAAUAAGAGAUUGGUGAAUUGUAAAAAGAAGGGCUAAAACCACUCCAAGAUACUGAUUUAUAGAUACAAAUAUCUGUAUCUGACAUACAUUGUACAUUCACAAGACAUAUAAAACCCAAGACAUAUAAAACCUGUUCUCAGAUUUCAAUCAAUCUUGUUCUUGGAAAUCUGUCACAUGUUAUUAACCUAAGAAACAAAACAACCCCAUAUUUUUUCAAAUAGUCCAUAUUGUUGAUGUUUCUUUGAUUUGAACCCUAUAAAAAAUUUUGUGUUUUGUUAUGUUUUCAUAAAUUUUAUAUAUUGUUAAUUUUAGGUUAUGUUUUAUAGUUACCGUAGAGACGUUUUUGUCAUUUACUUAAGAAUUUUGCAAGUCUGAGUUUGAAAGCAAUCAUUUUUUGCUCACCAAUUUAUACCCGAAUGUAGUAGCUUUUUUUUUCUUUCUCAUCAGAAUUAAUUACAAGUACAGAAUAGUUGUAUGACUAUGCAGGGAAACAUGUCAGCGCGGUAGAGAAAGGAGGUGAGAAAAACAAGUGCUUUUGAUUAUCUAGAACCCAUUUAUAUAAGUGACAACAUUUAUUUUUAAAAUUCAGUGUGAUUAAUGAAUUGACAAAGCUUUGAAACAACUAUGUUAGAAAAUGACGUUAAAUAGCUUCAACAUAUGUGCCAUAUUUCUGAGAGGCUUCCCAGGGGAUUUUGGUCUGAAUUCCAGGGGAUUUUGAUUUUUACGCAACGAAAUUUAGCGCAAUAUCUACAUUUAUGAUAUAAGAAUAAAUACGAAAACACACUCUUAAUUCAAUAAUUCUAAGCCAACGCCAUCAUGAACCUUCAUUCAAUUUCACACUCAUAAUAUUGUGGAUGCUUUCUACUGUCAACCUUAACCUAGUUUAAAAAAAAUAAAUCCAUGGGAUAUAGAUCCCCCGGUGGGGCACCAGGGGAUGGGUCAGAAUUCCGGGGGAUUUUCCCCCCCACUGGGGGAUAUGGCAUGUACAUGUAUGCUUCAAUUAAAAGAUCAUUGACUUAGUUCUGUAACAUGUUUCAAGAACAUUAUAUCAAAGUUUGUCUCACUUCUUUUUGGGGGGACAAAGGUGACAAAUGGUUAUUUCCCAUCAGUAUACAAAUCAUAAAUAUGAGGAAGAAAGCUCACCUUCACACCAUACACCUCAAUGAUAAAAUGAAAGUUUCAAAAUGAUCACUCAAACAUUUCAUUAGUAUGAUAAAGCUUUUCAAAAUACCAUUCAGUUUUUGUAUACUGCUAAUUCUAUUUCUACAAAAAAUGAAAUAAAACUUUUUUAGAAAGGAUAUAGUAAAUCAAAUUUACAAAUAACUUCCCUCAGGUAUAUUGUAUAUAAAUUAUACUGUUUUCAGUUGAUUGUAUUGUUUUGUGAUAAUUAAGAAUUAUUUAUUAAUAUUUUGUUAUAAGAAGGCAUUAUUUCAUUUUAUUUUUCAAAUUAGUUAUUAUUACCGGUAGUUAUGAUUGAAUUGAUCUUUGUUACAGAUUAUGUACUUAUGUGAUUUUCAAUCACAAUUUAAUAUAUUAUAACUAAUCGAUUACUACAUUAAUAACCUUAAAUUUUGGUAAGAUUUGGUAAUUACGAAUUAUUAUCUUUCAUUAUCCUUUCUAAUGAGAUCAACACAAUGCGUAUUUUAAAUGUUUAAUUCUUGAGGAAAUAAUAUGUUUUAAAAAGGAUACCACUAUAGGAAUUAUUUAAAGUUUAUGUUAAACAUCUGGCCCCAAUUUCUCGAAACUUCUUUAGCUUAAAAGGCUUAAGUAGCUUAUUCCAAUUAGCUAAAACACAUACUUAAAUGGAAUCUUGAUAAUUAAAAAAGGUUUAAUGUGAUUUUCGUAACGAUAAUUUCUAUCCAAAGUAUAAAAACUCUUAAAGAAGUUAAUAUUACGCAAUUUAUAGUAAACCAAAAAUAGAGAGCUUAGCUUAAUCCUGUUAUAAGGGACUUAAGAAGUUUAGAGAAAUCGGGGCCUGCAGAUUAACAAACGACAUUCUGUUCCACACAUCUAUCAGGGCUGAUUUGGUAAGAAUGAACAACAUGAAGGUUUUAAAUGUAAUGGUAGUAUGUAUAUUGCCUAGCUUGAAUACAGCAACAUACACUUAUACUGCAUUUAAUAUAAAUACAUAAAUUUUAAAUAGAUAUUUUAUACGCUCAGCUAAUAAAUUAACCUCACUUAGCUAUCAUCAACCCUUCCGCUGUCUCAUGUCAGUCUGCAAGGCCGCCCACGGUCAUGUUGUGCAAAUAUUAUCGAGUCUUGUUUAAGGAUCAGUCUUGAGUGGUUGUUGUUAAAUGGAGGUGUUUUAAAGAGCUGACAAUAAUUGUUCCAUGGUCUGGUUUUUUAGUUAUAUGACAUUGGAAAUACAGCAGUAUGUUAAUAAUAGUUUUAAAGAUAAAUUUACAUAGCAACAGAUAUGGUGACACCUAUAUUGUAAAAAUAGUUUUAUUUUGAGCAGAGUGGGAAGGGGUUACACAAAACUGUACUUUACUGAUUUGCAUAUACAGAAACAUCAGCGUACAUAACUGAAAUUCUAACAUUAAAAUGUUAGACCCCUUCUUGGCUUUGAUUGUUAUAUCAUUAUUUCCUCAUUUUAAAUGUACAACAUUUGUGAAUGUUACGAGUAGUGGCAGCUACAUACUCUCAGUUUUACACAACAUAGUGAAUGUCAUACUUCAUAGAACACAUUUUGUGUUGAAUUGUUUGAUUCAUUUUCAUGGGGACAUUUCAGAAAUAUUCCAUAGAUUACGCAUGUUCCUUUCUAUAUCAUUAGCACAAAAACUGUCCUUUUUGUAUCAACAGACUGUUUUGUAACCAUAGGAUAGGAAUUUAAAGAGUGAAGGAAAAACCUUUGUUUACUUCUAACAAUUCCUGUCAGUGCACUUGUUGUUAAGAUGGAUGUCUGAUGACUGUACUAUGUGGCAUCUGUGUUACGUUUUGUGUCUAUCAUAUGCUGCCUUAUAUAGAAUAAUCCACCAACAUCUAUGUUAAUCUACCAACUUUUGCCUGCAUUUAUUGAGACUAAAGCUAUUGUUAAAAGUUUUGUGAUCACAUUUUUAACACAUUUUAUCUCUCCUGUUUGUUAAUGAUUGUAGUUCUGUUUCUAUUUUGUAAUAAA